CAGAAGGAGCGGCAGUCAUGGGCGCGCGUGCCGCGAGCCGUCUCUGGUGGGGCGCAGUGACCUGCACGUUAUUCCUGGCAGUUAACGCUUUAUAUUCGGCCAGCGAUGAUGUGAUCGAGCUGACACCAAAUAACUUCAACAGGGAGGUUAUUCAGAGUGAGAGCCUGUGGCUUGUGGAGUUCUAUGCCCCAUGGUGUGGUCAUUGUCAAAGACUAACCCCUGAGUGGAAGAAGGCAGCAACAGCAUUAAAAGGUGUAGUGAAAGUGGGUGCAGUAGAUGCAGAUAAACAUCAGUCCUUGGGUGGACAGUAUGGAGUCAGAGGGUUUCCAACUAUCAAGAUAUUUGGAGCCAACAAAAACAAAGCAGAGGAUUAUCAAGGUGGCAGGACCAGUGAUGCCAUUGUUGAUGCUGCUCUCAGUGCUCUCCGGUCCCUAGUGAAAGAUCGUCUUAGUGGCAGGAGUGGAGGAUAUAGCUCUGGGAAGCAGAGCCGAGACAGCGGAAGCGGUGGUAAGAGGGACGUGAUCGAGCUGACCGAUGACAGCUUUGACAAGAACAUCAUCAACAGCGACGAUGUGUGGAUGGUGGAGUUCUAUGCCCCAUGGUGUGGGCACUGCAAAAACCUGGAGCCAGAAUGGGCAGCUGCUGCCACUGAGGUGAAGGAACAAACAAAGGGAAAAGUGAAGCUGGCUGCAGUAGAUGCAACAGUCAACCAGAUGCUCGCAGGCCGAUAUGGGAUCCGUGGAUUUCCCACCAUUAAAAUCUUUCAGAAAGGAGAAGACCCUGUCGAUUAUGAUGGUGGGAGAACUCGGUCUGAUAUAAUUUCUCGUGCUCUGGACCUGUUUUCUGAUAACGUACCACCACCCGAGCUCCUGGAGAUAAUUAAUGAAGAUGUUUUGAAGAGUACUUGUGAUGCUCAUCAGCUCUGUAUCAUUUCUGUCCUGCCUCAUAUUCUUGACACAGGAGCUUCAGGGAGGAAUUCUUACCUGGAUGUCAUGUUAAAAAUGGCUGAAAAAUACAAAAAGAAAAUGUGGGGGUGGUUGUGGACAGAAGCAGGUGCUCAGUCAGAUCUUGAGAGCUCUUUGGGGAUUGGAGGCUUUGGGUAUCCAGCAAUGGCAGCUGUUAAUGCUCGGAAGAUGAAAUUUGCCCUUCUGAAAGGAUCAUUCAGUGAGCAAGGGAUUAAUGAAUUUCUCAGGGAACUAUCUGUUGGUCGUGGCUCUACAGCACCAGUGGGUGGUGGAGCUUUCCCUAAAAUUCAUUCCGUUGAACCUUGGGAUGGCAAAGAUGGUGAGCUUCCAGUUGAAGAUGACAUUGAUCUCAGUGAUGUGGAUUUGGAUGACUGGGAUAAAGAUGAGCUGUGAGGUCUUCAGGAAAGUUCUUUUCUUGGGAGAGUUUGUGCAGCAGUUUGCAGCCUGGUUCACAAUCAUAUGGGUAUUCCAGUGGCCUUUUCAUGGAGAAAUAGCAGCUGGCACACCAUGCUGUUUGAUGCACUGCAGCAGUGAGAACUGUACACAUCUCAAGAAAACAGUGCAGAAAUUCUAUGAAUUGUCAUAACCAGUAAACUUGAUUGUAUUCUGUGUAACAAAUACUUUGGGGACAACAUGGGUAUUUCUUUGAACAUCUUGGGGUUUUAUUUUGAUGGUGUGCCAAGUGUUACUGGAAGCUGUUAGUGUAACCAAUUCUAAAUAUUUUUUUUUUAAUGGAGGUGGAACUUUGUCGGCAUCUGUUUGAAUUAAAGAAUAAAACAAUAUUUUUGACACACAGUGUUAAGUCUUGUACAGAGUAACAAAGGUAGAGGUGAUAAAAACUAUCCCAGUUCGGAUGACUCUUGAACUAGACUUA